AUGGGUUUUCUGCGGGGAUCUCGUCAUCGCAAACGCUACCGCUGCCCACUCCGCACCUACAGACCCAGGGCUGCCUACCCGUUGCUGUUUGUGCCACCACCUGUGGUCGCUCCACAGUCUCAAGUGCGACAGAACUACCACCGCGACUGUGAGGUCGCUGUCAACAACCAUAUCCAUUUGCAGCUGGAGACCUCCUACGUCUACCUGUCCAUGGCUUUCUACUGUGGUCGUGAAGAUGUGGCCCUGGAGAACUUCUCGCGAUUCUUCUUGAACAGGUCGCACAAGUGUACUAAACAUGCUGAGAUGUUCCUGGACCUGCAAAACCAGCGUGGUGGUCGCAUCUCUUUCCGCACUAUCAGAAAGCCAUACCGUGACAAUUGGAUUGGCGGCCUUCAAGCCAUGGAGAGUGCCUUCCAACUGGAGCUGACCCUCAACGAAAGUCUUGUGGAUCUGCACCAGUUAGCCUCCAGCAGGAGCGAUGCCCAUCUACGUGGCUUCCUGAAGAAAAAUUUCCUGCAGAAGCAAGUCGAAGUCCUGAAGGAGAUGAGCAGCCACCUGACCAGCAUGCGCCGCAUGAAGCUUCCAGAAGACGGCAGGAUUGAGUAUCUGUUUGAUAAGCUUAGCCUGGCUGAUACCAGCAAAGAGAAGUGA